GGACUGGUCAAGAGCUCGGUGACGUUGUCCUCUGCUGGUGCUGUUCUGAAAAUGUCAUGUAUUUCCUCUGAUUUUGGGCUUGAUUUAAUACGGUACCGUACAUCAGUGCUUUGAUCGGAGUUGUGAUCGUAACAGGCUUCCUGAGCUCAAGCAGAGCAUGUCCACCAUGGUGUACCCUCAUGGGGAGAGACUAGAGAAGCUGACACAGGAGGAGAUCAUUUCCAGCACUAAACUUGUCAUCCAGGGUCUGGAAGCUCUGAAGAGUGAGCACAACUCCAUCUUGCAAAGUCUGGUGGAAACCAUUCAGUGCUUGAAGAAGGAUGAGGAGGCCAGCUCAGUUCAUGAAAAGUCCAACCUCCUCCGCAAGUCUGUGGAGAUGAUCGAGCUGGGACUGGGCGAGGCACAGGUGAUGAUGGCUCUGUCUAACCACCUGAAUGCGGUGGAGUCUGAGAAACAGAAGUUGCGUGCUCAGGUACGACGGCUGUGUCAGGAGAACCAGUGGCUGCGAGACGAGCUGGCAAACACACAGCAGAAACUGCAGAAGAGUGAGCAGAACGUUGCACAGCUGGAAGAGGAGAAGAAACAUCUGGAGUUCAUGAACCAGCUUAAGAAAUAUGACGAUGGCGUCUCGCCAGUGGAAGAAAAAAAUGGAGAAACUCCAAAAGAUUCUCUGGAUGAUCUGUUUCCCAAUGAUGAAGACUACCAGGGCCCGCACCAGCACAACAGCGCUGCAGUUGCGGCCGCACAGCAGGGCGGGUACGAGAUCCCCGCCCGCCUGCGAACGCUCCACAACCUGGUGAUCCAGUAUGCGUCUCAGGGCCGCUAUGAGGUGGCCGUGCCACUGUGCAAACAGGCACUGGAUGAUCUGGAGAAAACCUCCGGACACGACCAUCCGGAUGUAGCCACCAUGCUCAACAUCCUGGCCCUGGUCUACAGGGACCAGAAUAAAUACAAGGAAGCGGCUCAUCUCCUUAAUGAUGCCCUGUCAAUCAGAGAAAAGACCCUGGGCAAUGAUCACCCAGCUGUGGCAGCCACCCUCAACAACCUGGCAGUGCUGUAUGGAAAACGAGGAAAAUACAAAGAAGCAGAACCGCUGUGUAAGAGAGCGCUGGAGAUCAGAGAGACGGUGUUGGGGCGGGACCAUCCAGAUGUGGCGAAGCAGCUGAAUAAUCUGGCGCUGCUGUGUCAGAAUCAGGGGAAGUAUGAGGAGGUGGAGUAUUAUUACUGCAGAGCUCUAGAUAUCUAUGAGAAAAGACUCGGACCUGACGACCCCAAUGUCGCAAAGACCAAGAACAACUUGGCGUCGUGCUAUCUGAAACAGGGCAAGUACAAGGAAGCAGAGAUCCUGUACAAAGAGAUCUUGACACGAGCCCAUGAGAAAGAGUUUGGAUCUGUUGAUGCUGAGAAUAAACCCAUCUGGAUGCACGCUGAAGAGAGAGAAGAGAGCAAAGGAAAGUUGUCAGAGGGCAAUCAUUAUGGAGAAUAUGGCGGCUGGUAUAAAGCCUGUAAGGUGAACAGUCCCACAGUAAACACCACACUGAAGAAUUUGGCCGCCCUGUACCGUAAGCAGGGGAAACUGGAGGCGGCCGAGACUCUAGAGGAUUGUGCCAUGAGAUCUCGCAGACAGGGAGCAUCAGUGGACCCCCAGAGAGAUGGAGAAAGGCGGAGGAGCAUUGCAUCCUUGUCCAGUGGUAAGCACGACUGCGGCAGUGACGCCAGAGAUGAAGGCAGUGUGGAGUGGAAUGGGGCUUAAGCUCUCAUCAUCUUCCACUUCUCUCUGCUUCUACAACAAAUCAAAUUACGUCUGAUCGAAUGGAUGCUGUUUAGAUUCCUCUGCUGUGUGGAAUGAGGAGAGAGAAGGCGCUUUAAUGAUGGGAUAUCAUCUUACAUUUCCUGUAUAUUGUCUGUCUCUGUAUCUCUCUUGUUUAUGAUUCUUCUAUGGAAUCGCUGUACUCAUUUUCUCAUUCCUUCUUGUCUGCUGCAUUAUCUGUGUUUGUCUAAAUUUUCACUGUAUAAAUUGUGUAUAUACUGAAAUCAUAAAAGUACAGUCACAGAUCAAAGAUAACAUAAAUGAUCUGCAAUAUGCAAAUCUAGCGAGUAUUCAACAUAUUUUCAUCACAACUCAAAUUUUAGCUAGCCUCCUUCCUAUCCAACACUAUUUUAUGAAAGGGAACAUCAGUGAAUACAUUUGGUUAUUAUUCCAUAUUUAUUUAUGCAAUAGAAAUGACAGAUGUACAUCAAUAACCUGUAAUACGCUGCCCUCGUCUCGUUCCAAACCCCCAUGUUUUCUUUCUUCCGUGAUACCAUGAUUUAUACAUUCUUUAUAAUUUAAAUAAUAUUUUACAUUUAAAUAAGAUUUUAUUUUGCGUUACAGUAAUAAGAAUGAUUUUUAUUUUAUUUAUAUAUUAAUUUAUUUAUUUAUUGUAUUUCGGUAAUCAGAAAUAAUGAAAAUGUAUUUAAAUGUCACGAAAAUAAUGCAAAAGAAUCUUAAUGGUACUCCUUUUUAACAGACUUUUAUUUCAUUUUUUGCAUUACGGCAAUGAGAUCAAAUGAGAAUAUAUCUAAUUGUCAUGAAAGUAAUGUCGCAAUGCAACCAAUCUAAAUGGUCCUCAUUUUUUAAUAGGCUUAUUUUCUUGUGAAAUAUGACCUGGACAUGUUUUUUUGAGAUUCACCCAACAUCAUUUUAUCAUACCGUUUUACAGACAUCUUUUGCCUCAUCUAUAUCCUCCUGUGACCCGAGCGUGACUGCUGUGCAUUUUUCAUUUCCCUUUUUGAUUUGUCAGUAGUAGCCCCCUAACAAACAAGCAAAAUAUUAUUUUUUUUGAAGAGCAAGAUUUAUGUCCACAAAAUUGUGAGUUUUUAAAUAAUACCAAGCUAUAGAAAGUCUGAUUUUUUUAUUUUUUUUUCUGGUCAAAAUGUUUAUUAUGUGUCCAGGAGUGUUGGUCAUUCAUGAUUUUGAGACAUUACAGACAUUACAGCUGAUUUUCUAUAAAGCUGAUUUGGAUCAGUGUUUAUUGGGAAAAGAACAAAGAAACAACUAUACAAAUAAAAAAUGAUUUGACUUUAAUGUUGCAAUGGGGUUUUUUUUCCUACUUUUGCAACAAAAUAUCAAUGCACUGUCAAACAAACAAGUUAGCCAGUGCUGAAACAUUUUACCAAUCAGAAAUUAGCAUAAACAAUUCUGAUUCAAAGUAAUGGCCAGCAUUGUCCUAUCACUGCCAACCAUGUUAAAAUUAAAUUUAGCAUCAUAAAUUCUGAAUCUAUGUACUGAUUAUUAUCAUUGUCCCAUGUCUGCUAAACAUGUUGAGUGGUCCAAACAUCAUCUGUAGCCUGAAACUGAACUUUUGAUCAGAUUUUUGGAGUGAAUGCACUUAGCUGCAUAUGAAAGCUAUAGGAUGCUCCCUUACUUCCUAUUUAGUGUAUGACUUAACAUCCAGUGUUCUGUCUGUCUUCACUGGUCUCAGAACAGUUUGAAAUGUACCUUAUUCUCAUCCUAACUCCAUAUAAAGCCUCUGAAAGCAAAAUUUUUCAGCUUUUGGAUGAACCCAUUGAUUAUCUAUGUGAUAACGCACAGUAAAUAAAGGAUUUC